AUGUAGAACAAUAAUAAACAAGUUAGAGAAUCUUGGAAGAUGUCAUUAAUCAAUAAAUUUGGGUUGACUGAAGCCAUUGAACAUAAUCUCAUUUUUUAACCUCCAAAUCCAACUUACCAGAUAAAAAACAGUUUAGAUUUCAAUGGAUUAGAAUUCAGUAUGAAAGUGAAUGACAAUUGGAUUGACUUAAAUUAGUGUUACAACAUCCAGUAUAGGGUUUCCAUUUUAAAAGAAAUUGAAAAUAAUGUAAUUGUAUCAUAUGUUCCGAUAAUUCAUUAUUCAUGCAAUUCAGAUAGAGUCAUCAUCCUCUCUCACAGCAAUGCGAUGGAUUUGACUUUGACAUCCAGGUGGGGUGCCAAAAUUUGCGAGCUGUAUUAAGUUGACGUGAUUUGUUAUGAUUAUUCAGGAUAUGGAAUCACAAAAAAAACUAUGAAACCAUCAGAAUAUGGCAUCUCAAGAGAUCUCUCUAAUGUCGUGGCUCUUGCAUAACAUCAAUAUGACUACAUCUUUUUGUGGGGAUACUCCAUUGGUUCCUAUCCCACUGUGGAAGUUGCAACAUAAUUUCAACUUUCUGGAAUCAUUCUAUAAGCUCCUUUGGCAUCUUUGGGAAGAAUCAUAGACAACAGAAAUUCUUUCUAUUCGGAACAUGAUAAAUUUUCCAAUCAAUCUAUUAUCGACAAAAUAACAGCUCCAAUCCUAAUCUUCCAUGGUACCAAAGAUACCAUAAUUAAAAUUAAUCAUUCUGAACAAUUAUCCAAAUGUUGCUAGAAUUUAUUUGCAUUCAUUAAAGUAGAAGGGGCUAAUCAUAACGAUAUUAGUAUUGCUGCUGAAACACUAAAUUCAGAAGUGUACAAUUAUAUAAAAGAACUACUUAAUAAUUAAAAUAUUCUACCUAUUAAAAAAGUAUUUGAAUUAACAUUAAAAUUUGAUGCUCUAAUUAUUCUUGAUCAAAUUGAAGAAUAAAAACUAUAUAAAAGCAAUCUGCCAAUCUAAGAAAAGAAGGAAAUCAAAAAAAAUCAUGAAAAAUAAAGUUGUUCAUUAUUUUGUACAAAAUUUUGA